UACCUUACUUUCUUAUAGCAAAAAAGAAAACUUUGGGUUUUUCUCAAUCCCAAUAAAAUUUCAGCAAAUUUAAGAUUUUACAGUCCGAACGGCGUUCGACCCAAUUCUCUGCUUCUCUCCGCCCACUCCCGGGGUCAUCGGAAAACAAUGUUCCUCCCCUCAACACUCACAACCAUACUUUUCGCCUGCUGACUUCGAACCAUGGACGCCGUCGUCUCCUCUGCCGUCGAAGAAAUUUGUUCACUCGGUCAAAACGGACUCGCUCUCUGCAAUCUAUGGUCCAAGCUCGAACCGUCUCUCUCAGCUUCCGGCCUAGACCUCUCCAAUGGCGUCAAGGCCGCCGUCUGGACCCAACUCCUCCGCGUCCCAUCUCUGCAAUUCGAAGCUGGCAAGGGGCUCUAUGAUGCUAAGGAUCCAUCUAUUCAGUCCUUCGAAGCUGCUGAAAGGCUGAAUUUGAAGGUUGUGGCUAAAGUGCACCUGAGGGAUAGUUUUGUAGGGCUUUACAAUGUGCGAUCAGCCAGUUCCAACAUGUCCGCCCAUCAGAGACGAGUUCUUGAGCGACUCGCAGGUGCUAGAAAAAAUGGAGUGACGCAGAACCAACUUGCUAAAGAAUUUGGAGUUGAAGGAAGAAACUUCUUUUAUGUAGUGAAGAGCCUCGAGUCUCAAGGGUUAAUUGCAAGGCAAUCUGCGGUGGUCCGAACUAAAGAAGCUUUAAGUUCUGGGGAGUUGAGAAAUAGUCCAAUUGUGAGUACCAAUUUGAUGUACUUACAUCGAUAUGCAAAGCAUUUGGGCUGUCAACAGAAACUGGAGAUUACUGUGGAAGAAAAUAAAAUUGAGCAACUUGGAGAUCCAGUGGAAAGUGCUGCUGCAGAAGAUGGUCUGCCUGGAAAAUGCAUUAAAGAAGAUGUGCUUGUGAAGGAUUAUUUACCAAAAAUGAAAGAUAUCUGUGAUAAACUUGAAGCAGCCAAUGGAAAGGUUCUUGUUGUUUCUGAUAUUAAGAAGGAUCUUGGAUACACUGGAUCUUCCUCAGGGCAUCGAGCUUGGAGAGAGGUUUGUAACAGAUUGGAAAGGGCUUGCAUAAUUCAGGUGUUUGAGGCUAAAGUGAACAAUAAGCUUGACUGUUGUCUACGUCUGCUAAAGAAGUUUUCUCCAAAGUGUUUUGAUAUGAGCACCACUCUUGGGAGUGAUGAUAUUUCUGGUUAUAAACAUCAUAUGAAAUUUGGGAGGAAAUGUCAAGUUACUGAUCAACUCACUGAGCUUGCAAUCGAGCAUCAAAUUUAUGAUAUGAUUGAUGCUGCUGGAUUUGAAGGCAUAACAGUGAUGACGGUUUGUAAGAGGCUUGGAAUUGAUCACAAAAGAAACUAUGGCCGGCUUGUCAAUAUGUUUACUAGAUUUGGAAUGCACCUUCAAGCUGAAACUCAUAACAAAUGCAAUCUUUAUCGAGUUUGGACACAUGGGAAUUUCAAGCCUGAGUGUAUUAAUCAAUAUUUUCAUAAACCAACAGAGGUGAACAAGGAAAUUGUAAAUGUUAAUGGUUCUGCGUGUUCCCCUCAGAUGGCCAUUCAAGAUCACAAUUUGUGUGAUUUCAAUAGUCGCAGGAAAACAAAGGAUGGAAAAAUGAAUACAGAAGUUAGUCAUAAGUUGCAUAGCGAUGGUGAGGUUGACCUCAGAGGUAACCAUUUGCCACAAGAGUCAAUUUUUCAGCCUGCAUGCUCCGUUCCUGAUGUAGAACCAAGUUCAGUGAACGCAGUCAUUGAAACGAUCUCUGGAUCUACAACAUCCCCAUCUGCUUUGUUGAGGCCAUCCAUUUCUGCACCAUAUCAGAAGUAUCCGUGUUUACCUCUUACUGUGGGUAGUGCUCGGAGGGAGCAAAAAAUACUUGAACGGCUACAGGAUGAGAAGUUUAUUUUGAAGGGUGAGCUUCAUAGGUGGAUUAUUGAUCAAGAGACAGACAAAAACACAACAACAGAUAGAAGAACUAUUUUCCGAAGUAUAAACAAAUUGCAAAGUGAAGGGCACUGUAAAUGCAUAGACAUCAAUGUCCCUGUUGUCACAAAUUGUGGUCGUACUCGUAUCACCCAGGUGAUUCUGCAUCCUUCUAUUGAGACUUUAUCGCCUCAACUUCUAGGUGAAAUUCAUGAUAAAAUGAGGUCGUUUGAAGCCCAAAGUCGUGGUUAUAACUCGAAAAAGGUGAAAAAGAGAGGACCGGUUCCUGUAUUAGAAGGUAUCCAAAGGAUUGAGCACUAUAUGGAUUCUGACAUUGCUUCAAUACGAUCAGAAGCCAUGCGUGCAAAUGGAUUUGUAUUGGCAAAAAUGAUCCGUGCGAAGCUGCUGCAUAGCUUUUUGUGGGAUUAUCUGAACUGUUCAGAUGGUUCUGAUGGUAAUUCCUCAUCUGAUAUGUUUGUUCAUGAUCUGAAAAAUCCUCACACUUGCUACAAACCGUUUUCAUUGGAAGAUGCAAUUAGGUCAAUCCCAAUUGAGCUUUUCCUACAAGUUGUUGGUUCUACUAAAAACUUUGAUGACAUGUUGGAAAAAUGUAAGAGGGGCUUGUCCCUUGCUGACCUUGCUCCGGAGGAGUACAAGCAUCUAAUGGAUGCUAAUGCUACUGGAAGGCUCUCACUCAUUAUUGAUAUUUUAAGGCGAUUGAAGUUAGUUAGGUUUGUAGCUGCAAGUCCAGGUAAUGUAAAUGAUCAUGGGCAUGCCAUCUUAAAACAUGCACUAGAGCUCAAACCUUACAUCGAAGAACCGGUUUCAAAUGAUGCAACUAGAUCUUUGAUAACUAGGGGUCUAGAUCUUCGCCCAAGAAUUAGACAUGACUUUAUCCUGUCAAGUAGGCAAGCUGUCAAUGAGUAUUGGCAAACUUUGGAGUACUGUUAUGCCACUGCUGAUCCCAGAUCUGCUAUGCUUGCAUUUCCUGGGUCUGCUGUUCGUGAGACAUUUCUUUUUCGUUCAUGGGCUUCAACUCGGGUUAUGACAGCUGAGCAACGUGCUGCACUUCUGGACCUUGUGGCAAAGAGGGACCUAAGAGAAAAGCUUUCAUACAGAGAGUGUGAGAAAAUAGCAAAGGAUCUGAAUCUGACAUUAGAGCAGGUUCUACGAAUGUAUUAUGAUAGGUGCCAGCAACGUCUCAAAAGCUUUGAUGAAGGGACGGGUAAUGAAUCUAGACAGAAAAUUAAAAGGAAUUCACCUCGGAGGAAAAAAAACCCGCGAGAGAGGUCAGGGAAGCGUGCACGACAUGAUGUAGUUAGCAAGCUGUUGGACGGUACAAGGGUUACCACAUUUCCUGAAACUUCUAUUUCAUCAAUUGAUAAAGAUAAACAAUUGGCUAAUUCAGGGGAGCAAAACAUUCCAUUGCAAGAAAUUUUUGAAGAUGACAAUCAUCUAGAAACUGUGGAGGAAUUUGGGUCUGAUGAGGAAGGCGAGGCAAGCUGUUCUGUUGCAUCUUCAAUUAUGAAGCCAACUCGUCAAAGAAGGUUUAUUUGGACUGAUGAAACAGAUAGGCAAUUGAUCAUCCAUUAUGCCAGAUACCGUGCAGCUCGAGGUACAAAAUUUUCUCGAACAAAUUGGUGUUCUAUUUCCAACUUACCAGCACCUCCAGGUAAUUGUAGAAAACGAAUAGCAUGGCUGAAUGGUAGCAUAAGAUUUAGAAAGCUUGUAAUGCGGCUUUGUAACAUUCUUGGCAAGCGUUAUGUGAAGUAUCUGGAAAAAUCUAAGAAUUCAACAGUUCAUCAGGAUGAUCCCAAACUAAUAUUAACUAGUUCAAAAGGGAAAGGUCUUAAUAUUGGUGGCAGUAAACAUAACAGUGAGGAUCCUCAGGAACAGUGGGAUGAUUUUGAUGACAAAGAUGUAAAGAUGGCCCUUGAUGAGGUUCUUCAUUUUAAGAAGAUGACGAUGUUGGAGGACUCCAAAAGAGUUGGAUCUGCCUAUGGUGAUUUCGUGGAUGCAAAUAGUGUGCACCAGGAAGGAGCGCAACAUAAAUUCCCUAGGGGAAGAUCAAAGGCAAGAUGCUUUCAUCGGAGGUUGAUGAAGAUUUUGAAUGGCAGGCAUGCCAGCAAAGAAGUAUUUGAAUCAUUGGCUGUUUCCAACGCUGUAGAGCUAUUUAAGCUUGUUUUCUUGAGCACCUCAACAACACGAGAAGUACCUAAUCUUCUAGCUGAAAAUUUAAGGCGUUACUCAGAACAUGAUCUUUUUUCAGCUUUUAGCCACCUUAGAGAGAAGAAAAUCAUGAUUGGAGGCACCAAUGGCGACCCUUUUGUGCUCUCCCAGACAUUUCUGCAUAUGAUUUCAAAGUCUCCAUUUCCAGCCAACACUGGAGAGAGAGCUUCCAGAUUUUCCAAGUUUCUACAUGAAAGAGAGAAAGAUCUUGUGGAGAAUGGGAUUAAUCUUCCCGCUGAUUUACAAUGCGGAGAUAUUUUCCAUUUAUUUGCUCUAGUGUCUUCGGGAGAGUUGUCCAUUUCUUCUUGUUUGCCUGACAAUGGUGUUGGAGAACCUGAAGAUGUGAGAAAUUUAAAACGAAAAGUUGAUAGUGAACAUUGGGUUGACGUGUCCGCUAAAAAGCUGAAAUUAGCACCAGGAGAUGGUGAAAUUAUUUCUCGUCGAGAAAAAGGUUUUCCUGGAAUCAUGGUUUCAGUAUGUCGAACUACAAUUUUAAGAACAGAUGCUAUGGAGCUGUCAAACAGUUGGAAUUGCAUCGAUAAAUAUAUUGGUGGAAGUGAUAGAUUCUGUGUUCCAACUACUGACAACAGUAUUUCAUUUGAUCAUAUGGAAGCACGAUUUGAUACUGAUGGAGUUGUAUCUCUACUUGGGAAUCGUUGUGAGUCAACUUGGCAAGCUAUGGCGGCUUUUGCAGAUCAUUUGAUGGCAGUAGGUUGUGAUCAACAAGUGAGUGUCAUCUCUCCAGAGGUCUUUAGGUUGGUUUAUUCUGCAAUUCAGUUGGCUGGUGAUCAAGGUUUAAGCAUUGAGGAAGUGUCCCAGGUGGCUAAUUUACAAGGUGAAAAGCUGCCACAACUUAUAGUCGAUGUCCUCCAAACAUAUCAACAAGUACUGAAGGUUAAUUCCUUUGACAGUGUUCGUUAUGUUGAUGCUUUAUAUCGUUCCAAGUACUUCUUGACUUCAAUAGCUGGCUCCAACCAAAACCAUGUUACUCCAUCAGUGGAUAUGCUUGGUAGAAAUGAUAGCCAGAAGGUUUCACGUCCAGAAAGUUACAAUGUUAGAGGAAAAAAUCCAGAAAAUCACAUUUCUGAUGGUGCAAAUUCUCAGAAUAUGAUUGUUGGUGAGGUUCACAAAGUAACGAUUCUCAAUCUUCCUCCAGAAGUUGAUGAGAACACAAGAAAAAGUAAAACUAGUAGUAUUCACCAAAGCAGUCCCAAGGAUAAAACCAUGUUAACUACAGUGGGGAAUGAGGAUGGUGGUUUGAAUAUGCCAAUACUCCCGUGGAUAAAUGGAGAUGGGACAACUAACAAAAUUGUCUACAAGGGACUUAGAAGGCGGAUGUUUGGAAUUGUAAUGCAAAACCCAGGAAUACUUGAGGUUGACAUUAUACAACGGAUGAAUGUCUUGACCCCCCAGAGUUGUAAAAUGCUGCUAGAGUUGAUGGUGUUAGAUUCUCACAUCAGAGUGAGGAAGAUGUAUCAAAGUAAGUUCAGUGGGCCGCCUGGCAUUCUAGGGGCUCUCGUCGGCAGGAGCUCCAAAGAGUCAAAGUUUGUUUGCCGUGAUCACUACUUUGCAAAUCCAAUGAGUUCAUCGUUGCUGUAGGCCGGCUCCCAUGUUCUGCAUGAAUGCUUAUUCUUCAGGAAACAAGAUGGAAUAUAUUAUAGACCAAGGCAAAAGAAAAGAACGGCCUAAAGGCAAGGGGAUGAGAGGGGGCCCCUUCCCAAACAACGGAUUAAAGCCUUCCCAUUCUUAAAAAUCGUUAGGAGCAUGAAUCUUUUACAUCAGCAAAUGUUCAAGUUUGUGGAACCUAGUCAUCUAGCGCGGCUCAAUCUAAAUUCAUUUGAAGUUCAAGUAAAAGUUGGUUCAUGGAAUCUCUCGAAGGCAGCGAAGUUAGAUGCCAUUACAACGACACCAGAUGAAGGAUGAUGAGGUUUGUGCGAGGAUUUUGUUGUGACCUAUUUUCUUGGAGUACAGUUACAAGCUCUCUUUAGGCUUUUGGUUAGGGAAAAAUAGAGGGGUAAAACCAGGUAUGUUCUUAAGAGUACUAAUGUUGAUUAGACUGUUAUGUACUCUCCCCUUAAUUUAACAGAACCUGCAGAGUCUUCAAAAGAAAAGAUGUAACCACAUCAGUGUGAACCCGUAUAGUGUAUAUAUUUAAGUAAUCUUUAUUCCCUUCUUUUUUC